GCGAGUGAUGUGUCAGAUUGCCACAUAACAAACGGCAAAAUUCUGCUGACUGCUCGGUGUUUUCUGACGAGUGAUAUUUUCUGGGGCGUGAAAAGUGCUAAAUUUUCCUCUUUCGAAGCACAAAUUUUCCUUUAAUUAGAAGAAUGGCCGAGACGCCAAGUGAAUCCGGUGCGCCGUUGGGACUGAGCACGAUGAGAGAACCGCAAUUGGACGAAAUACCAGCGUCGAACGUUCGAUCCAGCCUGGCCGAAUUGGAAACCCAGGCAUCGCAGGUGCUGAACCGUUUGGAGUACGUCAAAGUGGCCCUGGAGCAGCACCAGCAAAAUGCGAUGUUCCCGCAGCUGCCGGUGAGUCCCGGAUUUCUACAGCCGGAUAAGAAACCAACGGCGGAAGUGCUAACUUCGCUGGAGUCGCUUAUAUCCCAGCUGGACAUCGACGAAGAGACGGAUUUUGUGCUUCCUCCUCUGGAUGACUCCUCGCAACUGGCAUCGGUUAGUCAUUCGAUUGGUGCUUACCUUUCGGCGCUGGACCGGCAGUAUCUGAGUCGGAUCGUGUCGAAAAUUGUGUCCGAUACCAAUCGCUGGCUGAGCCAUAUGUUCCGGUACAUGGAUUGCAGCACCGGUUACUAUCGGGACAGCGCGGAAUGUAUUCUGCACGCCGUAAGGCUAGCCAUAGCGACUCGCUUUCCGGAAUCGAUGGAGAACCGGUUGGCUCAGUUGCAGAAUGCAACGCUUUACCUUUCGGAGACCAGCUCGCUGUUUGCCCUACAGAACACGUGCCGUUACGUGGGGCUUCCUCCGGCAAAUAUCCGGGUGGUGCCUUGUAAUACGUUGUUCGGUGUGCGCGGGACGAUGGAUGCUUCCGAACUGCAGAAAAUGCUGGCCACCGACGUUGAAGCUGGCAAGAUUCCGUUGUUCUUGAUGGCCGAUCUGGGAUCGUCCAUUUGCGGCGAGGUGGACAACCUGACGGUGAUUCGGCAGGUCUGCAGUUUGAACAACAUGUGGCUGCACUGCCAGGGACACUGUUUGGCUGCGCUGGCCGUCACCAAAGGAACGCUGACUGGGAUAAAAGCGAUACCCGAUUCGAUGACACUGAACCUUGUCAACUGGCUGGGAAUUACCGGUGUUCCCUGCGUGAUUAUGCAUCGGCAAGUUCCGGUGCAAGUUCUUACGCUGUUCGAUGUGGAUCCCAUCCUUUCCAACCGGAUAACGGCCAUUGGGCUGUGGACGAUCAUGCAAACAAUGGGUGCCGAUUCGAUUAGUGAACGCAUCUUCAUGGCAUUCGACUCGUGUCGACACAUUCACGAGGUACUGAGCCGAAUCGAGGGGAUUCGAAUUUUGAGUAAGGCACCCCGACAGGAAGCAGGAAAAUCCUUCCGUGCGUUGCUCAGCAAUCCUGUAAACUAUACUAUCUUAUUUGAGACAGCCGUCCCUGUUGUGGUUUUUCAGUUCGAUGGAAGCAGCGGGCAGAACAACGAAACCCACGUUGAUGAAACUUCGUCUUCUACUCCUCACGGUGGUGCUAUCAACUCCGAUGAUCCCCAACGGAACGAAGCCGAUGCGAAAGUGGCUCUCAAUGAUCCUGUGAGCAAAUCGAUUGAAAAAAUAUCCAACGCCUCAUAUUACGAUCGAUUGAAUGGAUGGCUUGGUCAGAUUUUGUUGCGCGAUUGUUCACAGUUGAACUUGGAAAUCAUUAACCAUCCAGUUUAUGGGACGUGCAUUCGGUACUCACCGUUUGCCCCUGGCUACGGAGAGCUACUUCCUCUGACCGAAGUAAUCGAAAACGUGGCCCAGUUCGUCGAGGCACAGAUUGAAAUUCUGAUGGCCACGGUGAAGCACAAGAGUCGAUUCAACAAACUGGUAGAGGAGAUCCCGGUGCUUCGGCUUAUCGAACUGAACGAUUGGGCUGGUCUCGGCAGUGUACAUUACGUUCCGGAGGGAUGGGAAACCUUGCUGACCGAUCAGGCCAAAACCGAACUCAAUCGGUUGAACACGGCGCUGGUGGACAUGCUGAAAGCUCAUGACGGUGCAUUUUCCCUCGGAGAGGGUAGCGAUGGUCUCAUUUGUGUGAGGUUCGGAAUGGUCACCAACGAGACCGACGUGGAAGAACUACUGGACCUGGUAAUCCAAACCGGUCUCAAGAUACAGGAAAAUUCCAAGAUUCUCGACACCAUGACGGAGAUCUUGAAAAAGGGCAUCGAGGCUGCCGAAACCGAUCUACAGCGUGAAGCGGAAGAGAAACUGUGGCAGGAUGGAAUCUUGCGACAAGUUCCGCUGGUCGGUCGAGUUGUGAAUUGGUGGUCUCCUCCGGCAAAGGAAAGCGGGGUCAAAGGAAGAAGUCUGAACCUGACACAAGGCGUCGUUGAGAGCACAGAAAACAUUUACAAAUACCACAUGCAAAUGUCAGCAAAAGCAAAUCAGCUGAAGGGUAACAAAAAUCCGCCGACCCCCCUGGUGCAAACACCGAUCAGUGCCGACGGUACCAGUCUACAUUCCAGAAACACAAGCUCCAGCAGUCAACAGUCGAGCGCCACUGUUGAUAAAUCGGUAGCCUCACAACAACAACAACACCACAACGGACAGCAGACCGUUCCGGAGGUGGGCUCUGCGUAAUUCAACCACUACUGUUAACGACCUUCGAAUGUGUUUUUAAAGGGGUAAGAUACUUUCAUGCUGAACCAGCAACCAAUACAUAACACAUUAUAUUAUGCAUUAUUUUUACCAAAGUCAUUACCUUCUCUGAAAAGUGAUAGAUUAAGUUAGAGCGAACAAUUAAGUGAUCUUGGAUACAUAAAAUAGCUGAUAGAUUAAACACACAAAAAAAACAAACAGGAGUGUUUUCAAAAGUGAGCUCUGUGCACGAAUCAACGCAAUAAAACAUGUCAACUUAUUUAUUACCUAUUAGUAUAUGAUAAUUGAGCUGGCAUUGAGCUUGUAGCCCUUUGGAAGCGUUAAAUAAAUUUUAUUUUGCACAAAUAUUAAACAA